AUGGAGUGGGAUAGAUCUACUGCGAUAGACUUGGGACAGAGAUGGAAUCAUCCUGCCAAUGAGACCAUGCCGACGGGGCAUGUGAAGAAAAGAUGGUCGACUCUGCUCACAGUGGGCCGGACCGAGUGGAAUCUUCCCAUAGUAGAGCCGGCCGAUCUCCCAGUGUCCUUCAACGGAUCAAUUUUGCUGAGUACUAUUCGGAGAGGUCAUUCGGCCCGCGGGGGUUUUGCUAUACUGGCCCUCCGCCAGCCAGUGAAAGGCAAUGCAUUAUUAUUCGAGUCGGCUGGCCCCCGAUCGUCGUGA